CGCGCGACGCGACGCGAUCUCAACAGUCAGUGUGGAGACCAGCGCAGUGUUGGCGGUGUGAGUUCUGUGUGUCUCUCGAAAGGGAGCUGUGCGCUUUGCUGACUUGUUCGUGACAUUUGCGGGGUGUCAGGGAGCGUGUUGUGCCUUCGCGUGGGCGAUAAAGACUUACGUCUGGAAACGACGCCUCAUCUGUUGCUGGUACGGGUGUGACGGCGUUCCACAGAUGGUGUCUGGUGAAGCAUAACGGAUAACUACAUCGAGCUGAACACUGGUGGCUUUCUUGACUGUACGUCAAGCUUGGAAGUUUGGCCAUACCGACUUAUCACAGUUGCGCGAUGGCGGACGCGGGGGCGCGCUAGCCGCGAGCCAUGGCCGGGAGGUGCCACCACUUCGUGCAGAACGCGUGGAAGAAGGACCUGUGCUCCAACUGCUUCAAGUCCAAGGAGGAGCACGAGUCGAACGGCGCGCCGGGCGCGGGUGACGGCAGGAGCCGCUACCAGUCCGCGCUGUACUCCAGCAGGGGCUACUCCUGGCGGCGCACCGGAGCCGCCCUGCAGGGCAUCCUGAAGGAUGCGCAGCAGCUGCCCAGGAAGGCCAAGGGGUCGACGGUGCGCUUCCCCGCCGAGGAGUCCGAGGUGAUCGGCUACGGCGGCGAGGACUUCUCCUCGGACGGCGAGGACGGCUACGGGCCUGCGGACGACGCAGACGGCAGCGGCGCCGCCUCCUCCUCGGACGACGAGGCCGACGAGGCGCUGCAGAGGCUGACCCGCGACAACACGGACUUCAACACGGUGGCCGCCAACCUGCUGGGCGAGGCGCGCGCGCGCCCCGGCCGCGCCAUGCUCGGCAAGCCGCUCACAGACUCGGAGGGCCGGCGCCAGACGCUGCAGGUCUCCAUCACGCCCUUCGGCGGCGGCUGCGACGCCUCGCUGGCCGCCGGCAGGCGGAGCCACUUCAGCAGGCUGCUGCGCGACGAGGCGCCGGGUCUCCCGGAGACGCCCAGGAGCAACAACAACAACAACAACGACAACAGCAACCCUCCGGCGAGCAGCGACAACGACGGCGCGGCCGAGAGCGCGCCCGACUGUCCAACGACGGACGAAACCAACGGGAACUCCUCUGACGCAACUGCUGCCGGGUGCGAGGUCCAGUCGGAACAGGCGGCCAAGACCAAGCCAGACACGUCGCCCCUCGUCGCCCCGUCGCCGGGGGAGGCCGACCCGAGCGAGGGAAAGGCGAGCAGGAUCCCGCUGAGCAAGUCCCGGCUGCCCGUGGUCCGGGCCGCGGCCUUCAACGGCAAGUCGGACCUGCGCGCCAAAUCUGAGGAGCCCGCGCGCAGAUCACCGCCCCCCGAGAGGAAGAGCGAGACCGAGGAAGCUGCCGGACCGGAGGACGCGAAGUUAAAAAGCGCGCCCGUCGUCGAAACUCCGGCCGGAGACGCGCCGGCGCCGACGAAUCCCGGUCCCGGAGAUCCGGGUGCGAGACCCGAGCCGGCGCCGAAAGACGUCCAGAAGAAACCGCCGUCUGUCGUGUUCCCGAACAAAAGCGUGUUGCACGGCGCGCUGAAGAACACGGAGGGCGCGGAUGACGGCGGGUCUGACGGGUGCGAGCCCAAGGUGACCGGCGGCGGCUUCGCCCGCGUGAUCGCCAAGCCGGCGGCGGUGGUGGUGGAGGGCGAGCGGACGGCCGACGACUCCGCCAUGUUCGACGCGGGGCAGCACAGCCGCGAGCUGGCCGGGGAGCCGGACGGCAGCGCCGACCCAGAGGACUCGGCGGAGCCGCCCGCCCUGCCGCGCUCCCCGCCGCCCCUCGCCGACCCGCAGCCCUCGUUCCUGCACGGCGCCGGCAAGCCGCGGGUGCCCGCCAAGCCCAGCAAGGUGCUGCAGGCCGCCGGCCGGACUCCCGCACACCUGCAGAACAUAUCUGUGAGCCUGUGCCAAGCUCAGAAGGAGAGCUGCGAGCCGCCGCCGCUGGAGAGCCCGGUGUCGGAGAGCCGCACCCCGCUGAAGAGGCAGGCCCCCAAGCCCCCGCCGACGCCCACCGAGGAGCACGCCCCGGUGUUCGUGGUGCACAAGCUCCCCGCCAAGAGCCAGGCGCAAGGCGGCAAGCGGGAGCGUGCCGCGUCGCGCAGCCCCGAGACGCGAGACGACGACGCCGCCGUCGUCGGCCGGUCCCCGCGGGGGGCGGAGCCCCCGGCGACCCGGCGGUCCCCGCUGUCCGCGUCGGCCGAGAGCCUGGGAGCCGCCGGGCCAGAGGCCAAGAAGUCCCGCGGCAAGCCCCGCUUCUCCCUGCGCAAGUUCUUGCGGCUGGGCGGCGGCAAGGGCGUCCUCCGCCCGGGGGACACCGCCGGGGACGCUCAGAGGACCGAGGAACCGGGCCGGCCCCGCCUCGAGAUCAUCCACCCGCUCAACCUGAACGGCCUCGAGGUGGAGGUGGUGGGCGUCAAGAGGACCAGCGAGGACAGUGGCUCCACCAGCUCCAGCUCCAGCGACCACAGGGACCCUGAAGUUUUCAGGCCAUCAUCUGGCAGUAACACGAAUCUUCUUUCUGCUGCGCGCCCCAGCAAGCCACCGCCACCCCCGAGGAACCACGUCCUGGACGCGUGGGGGAGGACCGUGGACCUGGUGAGCAGGCCCAUCCGCCCGCCGCCGCCCAAGUCCGCCGAGAUCCUGCACAAGCAGAGGCUGUCUGCCCACCAGCCCCCCGCCCCCGCCCCGCCGACCAGCACAGUGUACGCCAAUCUGGCCGGCUGUGUCGCAGGGGAGGUGCGCCUGGGGCUGGCGCCCAGCAAGCCGCAGCGCUCCGCCAGCAUCCGGGACGCCGGCGCCGACGGCCCCAAGCGCCCGGCGCCCAGCUCCGGCUCCACGGAGGACAGCGGCUACGAGUCGGUCGAGGUCCAGGACAAGGCGACGCCCCGCUCCGACCUGCUGGAUGAAGGCGAGAACGUGUACGAGUCUGUGUCUCCACCCGCACGUUCGAGCUCCCCGGAAUGCGACUCCAACACGGAGUCUACUCAGCACUUGAAGACGACGCGCUACGUGAACGCUCGGCGCUCGGACGGGUGCAUGGAAAUGUCACCGGAGUACCUCAAGUUCCGGGGGAACUUUGUGCGCUCCACUUCGCUGCCCUACUGCGGCAGCGAGACCGAGUCGGACAUAUACUCCCCUUACAGCUUCUGUGGCAGCGAAGACGUCGGGGAGGAAGAAGACGCGGACUGGAGCCCGACGGCCCACUCGUGGCGGGUCAGCAAGCUGCGCAUGAGGCGCGGCCGCAGCAUAGUCCACAAGAGCCUGGAGGACAACUACGGGGCGGUGGUGGUGGCCAACCACGAGGCCCUGGCCCAGGUCCUGGAGCAGAUGAACCAAGGCGCGGCAGUGCCGGCGGCGCUGCGAGUCCUGAAGACGGCCGCGAACCUCUGCUGGGCCGACUUCGCCGUCCCGGAGGAGAGCCACCCGCUGGUGGUCGGGCGGCGGGCGUUCCACGCCGCCUCGUGGGGCGCCCACCCGGUGUCCCUGUGCGUGACCCAGGACCAGGGGCUGCACUGCGCCCUGCCCCCCAAGGGCUGCUUCACGCUCGACCCGCUGGCCGAGUUCUGCGACCUGGUUCCCGCCGAGUACCUCCCGCCUCCCCAGCGCCCGCGCUCCCAGCUCGUGCAAGCGUGCGUGACGGUGAUGCCACGCCUCCAGCUGCACACGAUCCAGUCGUACGCGGCCGCGCUGCGCGAGCGCGGCCCGGAGGAGCGCGUGCGGAGCGGCUGCUUCGUGCUGCUGCAGCUGGUGAACGCCCUGAAGCUGCUGCAGGCGCAGGGCACGGAGGAGGUGGCCGCCUCGCUGUCGGGCUUCGUGCUGCGCGGGGGGGAGGAGGAGCGCCUGUGCGUGCUGCCCGGCGCGGCGGGGGACGAGGCCGUGGCGUCCCUGUGCGGCUGCGCGCUGCUGGCCGCGCGGGAGCUGCUGCCCGACGCGCCGCUGCGCCGCCUGGCGGCCGGCCUGCUGGGGCAGGAGCGCGCCACCUCCCUGUCGCGCGUCAAGGCCGCGCUGGAGUUCUCGCUGUGGGGGCCGGCCGGCGCGGCGCUGGGCGGCGAGGGGGAGCGCGAGACGGCGCUCCGGCGCUGGCUCGACCUGGAGCGCGCCACCGCGCUGCGCGGCCUGGUGCGAGCGCGUGUCGAGCUCUCCGCCUUCGAGCAGUGCCACCUGCUGUUCCUGGUGCGCACCGGCGCCAAGGCGCUGGGCGAGGCGUGCGCGCUGCUCGACGGCACGGGCGGGCCGGAGACCACCAGCUUCUGACGCGCGCUUCCCGUCGGGGCAGUCUUCGUUCCAGCCUGUCCAAAAGGGGGAAGAACUAUGACACGCUACUACCGGGACAAUCUCGGGUCACGUUCUGGCAGUCUUCAUUCCAGGGGGAACAACUAAAUAACAUAUUUCGUAUGAAUUCAUAACUCGUAUUGACUAAUCGUAAAUGUCAGUACUGCACUAAUAUUAAAACACUGAAUAUUACAUAAUUUAUAAGUGAAUAUAUGUAAACAAGUUAUUUGUUCCUCCUGUAAAAAAAUACAAACGUUGCCUUCCUACCUUUUUACCUCAAGACCUUUCAAUUACAUUCAUCAUUACCUUAGUAAAUAUUUACGUACUCGUAUUUAUCAUUACACAAAUAGCUGAAGUUAUACAGGAAAAAAAAAUUAUUGUAUGGUGCAACACAAAAAAGAUAUAGAACUAUUUACCCAAUUUUUUAAACUGCCGUAAAUAGUGUCCCAAAUGAUUUAAUUAGAAUAUAUGUCAUAAGUACCUAUUUGAAAUGUGAACCGGAAAAGAACAAUGAAAUAUACCUAGUGAAUGAAUUUCAAAAAAAAAUUUGCAACAUGAUCAUAUACACCCCUAGACAAAAAAAUUAUAUAUAUAUUUUUAUAAUAGUGAAGAUAAUUAAUGAACUAUUUGAACAAACAAUCAUUCAAUUUAGUUUGGUCGAAGAUGUGAUGUUUCAGUCGGAAUAGUAAUAAAAUUACUUCUAACAAAACUAUAAAGUAAAUAAAAGAAGGUACAUAAUAAAUAGAAGGUAACAAAGUUGAAGUUAAAAACUUAAUCCCAUUGUCAUGUACCACUUUCUGUUUAUAUCACCCUUUAAAAAAAAAGAGGUCUCACUCAUAGUACAUUCCAGACUAUUGAAAAAUUUAGGAAAUUACUUAUGGCAGUUGUUUCUGACAACUGCCAGUCUCACACCUGUUUCAAGCAACACACAUCAGGAAAACCUUUUUUUUAUUUUAUUUAUUUAAGUCUUGAUGGACUGCAUUGCCUUAAAAAAGUUUCUUUUUUUUUUCCUUCUAAAUAUUAUUUGUAUUAAUGAUUUUCAAUACGUAGGUAAACUAAACAGAAAAUAAUUAAUUAGGUUUAGGAGUAAAAA